AAGCAGCUCAAGAAGACGAACUACUACCAGCUCCUGGGCCUCGAGAAGAGCGGCGUCGGCGUCGACACGGACCUCGUGAAGCGGGCCUACCACAAGGCGCUGCUCAUCUACCACCCCGACAAGGCCGGCGCCGACGCCAACGGCAAGAAGAAGGCCAAGGAGGGCGACGCCGUCUUCCUCGCCGUCCAGAAGGCCUACGACAUCCUCAGCGACAAGACGAAGCGCCGCGCGUACGACUCGACGAACGCGUUCGACGAGACCAUCCCCUCGGGCAAGGAGGCGUCGGAGCAGGGCGAGGCCUUCGACUUCUUCGCGACCUACGGCCCCGUCUUCGCGUCCAACGCGCGCUUCGCCGAGAAGCUGCCCGCGCCCGAGCUCGGCGGCGCCGACGCUCUGGAGGCCGACGUCGACGCGUUCUACGCGUACUGGGUGCGCUUCGAGUCCUGGCGCGACUUCGGCCUCGAGGCGCGGGAGCACGACCCCGACGCCGCCGAGGACCGCUACGAGAAGCGCUGGAUGGCCAAGGAGAACGAGAAGCUCGCGAAGAAGCGGAAGCGCGAGGAGAUGAACCGCAUCGUCAGCCUCGUGGACCGCGCGCGGGCCAACGACCCGCGCCUC